AUGUCUACCAGAGCACGAGCGGGCAAAUUUCAGAAAGCGAAGCGAGGAGGCGGACGACAGUUCAGCAAAGGCCUUCGACCUCUCGAUGCCGAUGGAGUAGAGAAGAGCAUGUGGGCGGAGCCCACUGCGGAUGGCGACGAGGACGACACAUCAGAGGAGGAUUCAGAGGAAGACUCGGGUCCGGAGCCAGCCGCUAAGCCAGCACAAGAGGACAUGACUCGUGAGCAGCGGCGAGCGGCGGCGAAAGCGAGGAAAGAGGCGGCGAUCAAGAAGAAGCAAGGCGGUGCACAGGUUGGGGAUCUCCCAUCGAGCAGUGAGGAGAGCGAGGACGAUGACAUGCCCGCCAACCCCAAUCACAGCGCGGCGGCAAGGAAGCAAGCUGCGAAACCAGUUGAGCCCCCCAGCGAGGCUGCCGCCGCGCCGGCCAAGAAGAAGCAGCCAGAAGACAUGUCGCAGCUAUCUCGACGCGAGCGGGAAGCGCUCCAGCAACAACAGUCCAAGGAAAGAUAUCAAAAGCUACAUGCCGAGGGCAAGACGGAGGAGGCGCGCGCAGAUUUGGAGAGGCUGAAGUUGGUCCGGCAGCAGCGUGAAGAGGCCGCGGCUCGCAAAGACGCCGAGAAGCAGGAAAAGGAACUCGUGGAGAAGGAGAAGCAAGAGCAGAUGGAGCGGAUGGAGAGGCAGGCCAAGAUGAAGGCCGCGAGGGGAGGGAGAGGGGCGAAGAAGGGCGGCAAGGCUUGA